AUGUUGAGCGCUGUAGAGUUGCUUCUGUAUGAGCGACGAGAGCGGCAUCGUCGGCAAAAAGUAGUUUUCGGACGUGAUAAUUUAGAGUUUGGGGAUUUUGCCAGCAGUAGAGAGCAGAUUAAUAUCACGCAUGGAGUGCUUGACUUCCAUGUUUCCGGACCUCAAGUUGAAUACAUGAAAUUCAGUUGCCCUACCGGUUUCCACCUGCUGUAUGGCCUUAAGCGUCUCUGCUAUGGUGGAAACUCGUUUUUCACCGGUAAUAUGCUGAAUUGCUGCGUCUUCAACUAUAUGGUCGGUAAACUGAAGAGAGUUUGGAAAUGUUCAGAUUAUCGAUUCAGAAUGGAGGUUUUGUCAGUGAGAAGUGUUUGGCCAUCUGUGCUGAAUUAG